UUCACACAUUCACACCAUUCUACAAAUCUCUUCAUUCCAAUCAUUUCCUAUUUCAUAUCCUCUCUUUUUCAUAUUAUAAUAUAAAUGUAACAUUCUCAAAAGAAUAUUGCAACUUAUAAAGUACAAACCUCUUCAAUAAUUUUGAUCAAGUUAUAUAUUAUGAAUUUUGAUCUUGAUCUUGAUCUAGGUCUAGCCCUUCAUGACUAUGAAAAGAGAGAAAACAAGAAGAAAAUGGAGAGUAAGAAUUAUCUAUCACUUUCAUUAGGACCAUCAAAGGAUGAUGAUGAAGAAAAUGCUAUAACUCAAAAUUCACUUACUUCUCCAAGUUUAGAGUCUUCGAUUUCGAACUCCAUGAACAUGAUGAAGAAGGAGAUUGGUGAUGAAUUUGAGGUAGAGAUUGAGAAGGUUCCAAUUACAAGGGUUGGAAAUGUUGAUGAAGAUGGUAAUUCAAGGAAGAAACUUAGGCUCACAAAACAACAAUCAGAAGUGUUGGAAGAAAAUUUCAAAGAGCAUUCUACUCUUAAUCAGAAGCAAAAGCAAGCAUUAGCAGAAAGGCUGAAACUACAAGCUAGGCAAGUAGAAGUGUGGUUUCAAAAUCGGAGAGCCAGGACAAAAGUGAAACAAACUGAAUCAGAUUUUGAAGUACUAAAGAAGUGUUGCGAAACUCUAACAGAAGAGAACAAGAAAUUGAAGAGAGAGCUGCAAGAACUGAAGUCAGUGCAAACAGUGGUAGCAACACCCUUUUAUAUGCAGAUUCCAACAGCAACACUAACUAUGUGUCCUUUGUGUGGUAACAACAAGAAUGGCUCAAAGGCUCGAUAAUUGUAAAUUUCUCACUAGUUAGCUUGCAAGUGGGAGGAUAUAGAAUCUUGUUCUCCUUUGGUAUCUUAGGAAAACUUUGGUGUUUGAUGCAUUUUGUAUGAUAGAUUAUUUGCAGUUACUUAGUUUUUUUUUUUUGGUUAGGCUUCUACAUGUAAUUAAGAUAUAAAUCAAUAUAUUAAAACCACAAAUAAUUUGAUAUAAAAAUAUUGUAAUAAAUGAAGGUUCGAGAAACAC